UGCCAAACGCAUCCUUAAGGUUUUAACCAAAACGACACGGCUUGUGUAUUUCAUCCCGUAGAACAAGAAUUUUGAGAGAAACCCUAGAUAGAAAAAAUCCCCAACUUGCAGCGAUGGCAAUUGCAAGGACCGGAGUGUACGUCGACGACUAUCUUGAAUACGCAAACACAUUGCCUGCUGAGCUCCAGAGGCUCCUCAACACCAUCCGAGAACUCGACGAACGCUCUCAAUCCAUGAUACACCAGACGAGGCAGCAGACUAAGUACUGUCUGGGAUUGUCUUCACAGAGCUCAAAGAAAUGGAACAAUAAUUAUAACAACAUUGAAGAAGAUGAAGCCGCUAUUGAGAAAAUGCGGAAAGAAAUCGAAUCGAAUCAGGAUAGUGCGUUGAGUCUAUGUACUGAGAAGGUUUUGUUGGCACAACAAGCUUAUGACCUGAUAGAUAGUCAUGUAAAACGAUUGGAUGAGGAUCUGAAUCACUUUGCAGAAGAUUUGAAGCAAGAAGGUAAAAUAGCACCAGAUGAACCAGCAGUUCUUCCUCCAUUACCUAUUGUUCCUAAAAAUGAAAAACGCAAGCCUAUUUAUAUAACACCUCAAUCAAAAAGGCUUGAUUAUAGGGAUAGGGACUGGGAUCGAGAGCGCGAUAGGGACUUUGAGCUCAUGCCUCCCCCAGGGAGCCAUAAAAAGGAUUAUGCUGUCCCCAUUGAUGCUGAGCAACCCAUUGAUCCAAAUGAACCUACCUACUGCGUUUGCCAUCAGGUCUCUUUUGGAGAUAUGAUUGCCUGUGACAAUGAAAAUUGCCAAGGAGGUGAAUGGUUCCAUUACGCAUGUGUUGGGUUGACACCCGAGACAAGAUUCAAGGGAAAGUGGUACUGUCCAACAUGCAGACUACAACCACAGAGUCAACAGUGAUAUCUUUCGCACGGCCUAAGUUGCUUUUAAUGAAUUAUACAUGGUUGUUGUUUCAGUAUCAUUUAGCCUGGAAAGAGCGGGGAGAAGGUUAUGAGUCUAUGACUAUAAUCCGUAAGGUUGGUGAGGAUUGUAAUAUAGUGAUGAUGGUGAGCUUACUCAGAUGCUUACACGUAUCUAUUUCUAUGCCAUCCUUAUCUAACAACUUCCCCUCUACUCUCCUCAUUUCAAGCGCAAAUUUGAUUGCUUUUUAUUGGGUAAAGAUUAUAACUAUUUGGAAAUCGAAAUCUGAGUGAAAACACAGAAUUUUCCGCUGUA